GUACCACACCGCUCUAGCGUUUCCCCAGAGCUUCCUGCCCUGACCUGCUCCAGUGCUGGAAGGCAAACAUACAGUGAAUAUCUCAGAAAAUAUGGCCCAUGUGAGGGACUAUAAAUGGACCCAUUUCCUUCCCUUUCUGGUGGUGUCUCUGAUGUACCCAGCCAGCGCUGAGUAUUCAAACUGUGGAGAGAAUGAGUAUUAUAACCAGACCACAGGGAUGUGCCAUGACUGCCCCCAGUGCGAGCCUGGAGAAGAACCAUACAUGACCUGCGGCUAUGGCACCAAAGAUGAUGACUACGGCUGUGUCCCCUGCCCCUCAGAAAAGUUCUCCAAAGGAGGUUACCAGAUAUGCAGGCGUCACAGGGACUGUGAAGGCUUCUUUCGAGCCACUGUCUUGACCCCAGGUGACAUGGAGAACGAUGCAGAAUGUGGACCGUGUCUCCCUGGUUACUACAUGCUGGAAAACAGACCAAGGAAUAUCUAUGGAAUGGUUUGUUACUCCUGCUUACUCGCACCCCCAAACACCAAAGAAUGUGUGGGAGCCACCUCUGGAGUUUCCGCCAGUCUCCCAGGUACCUCUGGCACCAGCACCAGCUCUCCUUUCCAGCAUGCCCAUAAAGCAGAUCUCUCAGGACAAGGACAUCUGGCCACCGCCCUGAUCAUCGCCAUGUCCACCAUCUUCAUCAUGGCUAUUGCCAUUGUCCUCAUCAUCAUGUUUUAUAUCAUGAAGACAAAGCCUUCCGCUCAAGCCUGCUGCACCAGCCACUCUGUGAAAACAGUGGAAGCUCAAGUCAGCAAACAAGAAGAGAAGAAAGAAGUUCAAGAAAACGUGGUGAUUUUUGCCGAGAAGGAUGAGUUUGAGAAGCUGACAGCAACACCAGCAAAGACUGCCAAGAGCGAGAAUGAUGCCUCUUCUGAGAAUGAACAGCUCCUGAGUCGGAGUAUGGACAGUGAUGAAGAAGCCGCUGUGGACAAACAAGGGUCCCCAGAGCUGUGCUUGCUAUCAUUAGUCCAUCUGACAAGGGAUAAAUCUUCCACGAACAACAAAUCAACUGGGAUUCAGAGCAGAAGAAAGAAGAUCCUUGAUGUGUAUGCCAACGUGUGUGGGGUGGCAGAAGGCCUCAGCCCCACAGAAUUACCAUUUGACUGCCUAGAGAAGACGAGCAGGAUGCUCAGCUCCACCUACAACACAGAGAAGGCCAUCGUGAAAACAUGGCGGCACCUAGCUGAAAGUUUCGGACUGAAGAGGGAUGAGAUCGGGGGGAUGACAGACGGCAUGCAGCUCUUUGACCGGAUCAGCACAGCGGGCUACAGCAUCCCAGAGCUGCUCACAAAACUUGUACAGAUCGAGCGGCUGGAUGCUGUCGAGUCUCUGUGCGCUGACAUUCUGGAGUGGGCCCAGGUCAUGCCGACACCUCAGCCUCCCGUCACAACCUGAUGCGCAUCCUUGGGAACUGCCUCCCUUUGUCCUGGGAUGCGGCUUCACAUCCUUCACCUGAGAACAUUGCAGGGGUGAUUGAGCUGGGAAGCCUGGAACCAGCAACGACACCUACUCACAGGCUUCCUAAAAAUUAAGGCUUUUCUCACGUGUCACUAGGUCAUAUCUUAGGCUGUUCUGAGGAGCGAGGGGAAGCCAAAGACAAAGCUAGUGAUGUAUCAGCUGGGGAAUACUAAGCCAAACGCCGUACCUCAUGAGGAUGGAUGAGUGAACACAUUCAUUCAACAACCGUUCUUAUUUAGCACCUACUAUGU